AAUUAUGUUUAAAAUUACAGAUUUUUUUCUUAACAUAGAACUUGCUUCUGAUUAGUAUGUGACCUACUAGUGCAACUAAUUGUUCCCAUGAUGUAACUGGGCGGGUUGGGUCAGUUUAGGACUGAACAGUAAUACUUCAUGCAUAUGCAUAGAUUCGUUUUGUUUUGUCCUUCACUAAAUACGUCAAAGUGAAAAUGCCCUCGAUGGGGAAAGAAGCACUAUAUAAAUUUAUUACAGCAAGGUGCCAUAAACACAGGAUGAAAACUUUAAUCGCUUCCGUCAUUCAGGCAAUCGGCAGCUCUCACUGAAUGUUUAAGCUGAUUAUGAAUUGCUUGUGCACGGGAAUCAGGUCUUGUCUGUAUGAGGACGAGUGCCGCAGCUGGCAAACAGACAAUUCAGAGAGCGCCGAGACAACGGAGACCUCUGCCAGCCAGUGUCUUGAAUACCAGACGGGCAGGGAGCUCCAGACAAGCCAGCUCGGCCUGAAGAUGGAUGUGGCCCCGCCCAGCUCUUCACCUUUCCUCAAGCCUUUCGCUUUAAGAUACUCGGAGGCUUCGAGCCCCCGGGGUCGGAGGAGACACACGCUGCCAGCCAGCGAGUUCCGCAACCUGAGCCUGAACGAUGCGCUGAGCGUCUUCGAAAUCGAGAGGGAAGCUUUCAUCUCUGUCUCCGGAGAGUGCCCUUUACACAUGGACGAAGUGAGACACUUCCUAGAACUGUGCCCCGAGUUAUCCCUGGGCUGGUUUGAAGAAGGGAGACUCGUAGCCUUUGUUAUUGGCUCUGGCUGGGACAAAGACAAACUGUCGCAGGAUGCUAUGACAAUCCAUGUUCCAGGAGGUUCCACUGUCCACAUCCACGUCCUGGCUGUUCACCACAGAUGCCGUCAGCAAGGGAAAGGUUCGAUCAUCUUAUGGAGAUACUUGCAAUACCUACGCUGUCUUCCUGCAGUCAAAAGAGCCGUACUCAUGUGUGAAGAUUUCUUGAUUAGUUUCUACCAAAAAGCAGGCUUUGAAAAGGUUGGACCUUCUGGUAUUGUAGUAGGUUCCCUCACAUUUACAGAAAUGGAAUAUAUUCUUGGCAGUGGUGCUUACUUGCGGAGAAACAGUGGCUUCUGAGUUAUGUCAAGCUGAGAUUAGUUUUUUUUUCCAAAAAUGCUGCUUUCAUUUUCUCUGUGCUAUUUUCAGUAUUCACAUUAAACUUAAGCCUGUGGUGUAUGAACUGUUCAUGUUAGAUGAAAAAGUGCAAAAGAUUUCAAUGAACCAAAUUUGGCCCUUUGAAAGAGUGACAUGGCGGAGGUUCUCAACUCAAUCAGGUGUAUAAACAGGCUAGAAACAUUUGCUUACCCCAAGCUUGUCCCAUUUGUUCCCAACAAAAUCUAUAAAGUUUCUGCUGGCAUUAUUAAUUAUUGUAACUACCAAGAGGUGUUAUUUUUAAAAACCAGUGUUUGCCACAGAAAUUCAAUUACAAAUGGUUUUAAAUAUCCUUAUAGUCCAUUAAGCUGGAUGAAUAAAUUGGUUCAUGGAUUUGUAUAUAAAACACUCUCAGGCAUUGCAACCUGACAGAACAUUUGUCUUUAAAUAACUUUGAAAGAAACAGAGAGACUUUAGUAGUCAUAUUAUUCAACAAUAAUGCUUGAUACUUCUGACUCGUAGACCCUUAAUCUAGUAUUUGUUCUAUAAUGAAUAAAAGCUCAAUAUAAUAACUUGUUUUCCUCAAGUCUUAGUCUUAGUCUUGCAAUGGACAUUUUAACAAAAAUGUUAAUGACUUGGGUUGCCAAACACAGAAGGGUAAUUUUAACUUCACCUAUCCAAGAUGAAUCCUUUAGGACCAUUAGUCAGUCAUUAUACAGAAUACCUAACUUGGAAUAACAGAAUUCUUCAUUGUAGUAACAAAUUGCGCAACAUCUUUUGAAGUUUAAAUUAUAUAUAAUUUGCCUUGAAUCAGUUGAGGUAAUCUGUGCUUUGCCAAAAACAAAUUUCUCUGUUUUAUUUAUAGGCAGUAUAAUUUGUCUCUGAUAUAUUUUACAUUAGUUAACCAGUGUUUUCUCUGUACUCAUACCAUUUUCAAUAAAACUGUUAAAAUAAUUACCGGACUGUAUGCUUCACCACGAGCACAUCAUUUCUUCCAUUUCAUAGCUUUACAUCAUUAAAGAAAAUUCAUGAGAUGUUAAACAAUCAUCUAGUACAGGUAGAUAGCAUAUGGAAGUGCUUGCAUUCAAAUUUAACUUCAGAAUAAGAUUACAAACAAAUCUAAAAAGAAUAAAUAACUGAGCAUAAGCAUACGCUAUGCUUUUCAAAUGCACAAGGUUAAUGAAACUUUACAAUUUUGGCUCGUCAUUACAUGGAACAUUUUGUAUCUUCUAUUAAUUACUUCAGUGCAUUUUGCUUCAAUCCAGAUUUAUCCUGUUCUCUUAUCCCAUUUUGGAAGCUUGUUAAAAAAAAAUAAAGCUUUAAAAGCUCUUCCUCAUUUGGUACAAUACUUAAAUCUCAAAUAAUUCAAUUACUGGCUUAAAAGUUCAAACUAUUGAUUGUUAAAGAUUACUUCAAACAA